AUGGAUCCGGCAGUCACUAGGGUUACAGGCUCCAUAACGGCGCUGCGCAACGAGAACGCUUACCUGCAGGUGCAGGGCCGAACACUGGCGGAGGACAAUGCGGCGCUGAAGAGCAAGCUGACGGCGGCCAACGGGCGGGUGGCCCAGGCCGAGUCCGAAGUCGCACAUCGCAACAGCCUACUGGUCGAGGCUCGCAACGCUCUGGAGACUGCUGCUCGGAGCAACGCCGAGCUGGAGGCCCAGGUCGAUGAUCUGCAGCAGCGGCUGAACGAGGCGCUGCGCGAGGCGCGCCGGGCCCAGGAUGCAGGCAGCGCCAGCGCCCGUGCCUGCGAUGAGGCUGAGGCAAGGCUGGCCGACGCCCAUCGCGCCCGCGAGGCCCAAGACGGGCUUGUCGCCUCGCUCACCGCGCGGGUCGACGAACUGACGGCGUCAAACCUUUGGUACGAGGGUAAGAUCGUGUCGCUGGAGGAGCGGCUCAAGGCGAGGGACGAGCGUCUGCUGCUGACCCGCGACUCGCUGCUCGAGGCGCGGAUGGGCGAGGAGAAGGCACUCAAGGAGGUGGGGUGUCUCAAGGAUGAUCUCGCCGAUGCCGAGCGCAACGUCGAGGCGCUGCUCGACUCGCUCAAGAACGCCGAGACCGAGGCUGCCGACGCCAACAACCGCGCAUCACGGCUGCGUGAGGCGCUCGACCGCGCGCAGGACAUCAUGGUCGACGACACGUACGCGCACGUCCGCGCGCUGGAAGACCGUGACGCCGAGCUUGACGAGCUCAUCCGGCGGGUGGAGAGCUCCGACGCCCGCGCCGCCGCCGCCGAAGCCCGCGCCGCCGCUACCGAGGCUGCCAACGCGCAACUGUCAGCGUCGCUGGCGGCGGCUACCGACGACGCGGCAGCGGCGGCAGCGGCGGUUGAAGCGCUGCGUGGGCAGCUUGCGGCGUCGGAGGCGGCGUCGGCGUCGGCGCGUGCGGAGGUCGGCGCCAUCAUGGGCGCUAUCACCGCCGUCAUGACCGAGGAGUCGUCUCCGGAGCGGGCCAAGGCAUAG